CCUGAUACACGAAAUAUUUAAAAAUUUAGAUGAGAGACAUAAAAUGAAAGCACAAGUCGAGGAAAAUAAAGCCCUAGAGGGCACCUCUAAAACCCAGGAACUCUGCAAAAUCUUGCAAAAACGGCUGAAGAAGGGUGAAGAAAACAAUAUCAGUCAUUUAGAACACGAAGAUAUAAUUUAUGAUGAUCCCCAGAUCAUUAGUGAACUCCUGAGUGAGUGGUUCUCCAAUAACACCAAAGCACAUCCGUCCCCAAUUCUCGACAUAACCUGCAAAAAUAACUACAAGUUAGGUGAAAUAAACUUUAAUAUACAAAAUAUAGCAUCGGCGGUAAGGACAUUAAAAGCUAACAGUAGUUGUGGGAUAGACGAUAUACCAUCCGUCAUAUACAAAAACGGUGGUACGGAUAUGAUUGUAUUAUUACUUAGAAUAUUUAAUAUCUCACUAGUGACCGAAACCUACCCUGAAACUUGGAAAAACACAUAUAUAUUACCUAAGCAUAAAGGAGGGGCCAAAACUAGUGCAUGUAAUUAUAGGCCUAUCAAUAUAACACCAGUCAUAUCAAGGAUCAUGGAGAAAGUAAUCAAAGACCAAAUGUCAGACUACUUUCUAAAACAUAAACUCAUCAACCUGUCACAACACGGAUUCCUCAAGAAAAGAUCUUGCGUCACUUGCCAUAUAGACUUUUUCAACGAAGUCACCUAUAGAAGAGAUAGGAGAGAGCUAGUGAUUAUCCUCUAUUUCGAUAUAAGGAAAGCCUUCGACAGAGUCCCACAUAGUCUGUUAGUCGGUAGGCUAUGCUCACUAGGGAUACGCAACCCCCUCUACAAUUGGAUAAAAUCAUUUCUGUAUGACAGGAAUCAGACAACUAAAGUUGGCUCAAUGACCUCCAGACCUAGACCAAUCAGCAGUGGUGUCAUCCAGGGGAGUGUAUUGGGACCCCUUCUUUUCAUUAUAUACAUAAACAGUAUAUGUGAAUGUUUUAGUAUAGGCAAGCCAAUACUGUAUGCAGAUGACUUGAAGGUGACAUAUACCUGCACAAAUACAGAUAUCGGCCCAACUAUGAACUCCAUACAUGAAGAAUUAGCAAAAAUGGAUAGAUGGUGUGACACGUGGAGACUUGAGUUUAAUGUUGAAAAGUGUGGAUGGCUCUGCAUAGGCUGUUCCAACCUUGACCUCAACCUAGCAAUUCAGGGCCACAAAAUCCCCAGACUCAAAUCUGUACUAGACCUAGGACUGAAAUAUUCACACAAUCUAUCAUUUUCAGAGCAUAUCUCGAAUCAAGUGUCGAAAUCACGAAGGCUUAUUGGUUUCCUACUCAGGAACUUCUACAGAAACGAGUCCAGAAUACUACUGUACAAGGUAUGUGUGCGCCCACUCCUAGAUUACUGCUCAUUCAUAUUCAGCAGUACACGCAUAGAAGACAAACUGAAAGUAGAAGGAGUACAGAGGUACUUCACGCGAAAAGUACUCGGAACCGAUAACGGCACAAACUACUCUACCAGAUGUGAAAUCCUGGGACUAGAAACAUUAUGGUUAAGGCGACUGCGACUAAAUCUGUUACUCUUCUAUAAGCUUCUUAACCAAAUAGUGUAUACCCCUGCUAACUAUACUCGGUCCUCAGGUAACACAGGAUACAACCUUAGGCACACUAAAGGUACAGUGGCUAUAGAACCAUGUAAAACAGCCACCAGGCAAAAGUUUUUCUUGAUUAGGUAUGCCCAAAUAUGGAACAAACUACCUGAGAAAAUACGACUAGCAAGCACAUUGGCCUCCUUUGAAAAGGCACUUAAUGACACACUAAGUGAGUUUGUAAUUGAUACCAAUGGUAAUUCCCAUGUAAGAGUUUCAGAAAUCAUAGGCCCAUUUAAUGUAUGAACUCAGAGACUACACCUGUUGUUUGUUUUGUCUCUAUUUAUAAUUCCAGACAAAAAAGCAGCAGUCAUGACAAUAACACCCAUUCAACCAAGAGUCGAUCAAACUAUGUCUACCUGAUACAAAGGGCGAACCAUAAUCAACAUACGAAUGAAAUAUGAGAAAACAAGGUAGAAACUUACCGCAACACCACAUGAAAAGAUAAAAGUUACUUGGAUAUCAUUUAUAAUCCACCAACUGGUCUCCUACCCAAAAAGAAUGCGGCGAUGUUUUAUCCAAAAAGGCGAGGAAAUACAUAAACCCACAGCAGCUGUUGUUAACACUCAGUGGGGGUAGGAGCCAACAAAGUAAUCCUUUCAAAGCACAUGUAUACUUCAAAUGGGCACGGAGACUUUGUAGAAUACGUCAUAAUCCAAAUCACUGCCUCUACAGCGCCAAUAAACCUGGAUAUCUAUGAUAUAACGAAAACAUGCUGAAAGCUGCAUCUCAGAUCAAGUUGACUCAUUCCAUGGUAAUGAUCUCCUCCUGCGUGCCUUAUUCGACAUAUUGAAUGGAAUGGUUCGCAGUUAUUCUGGUACUAGAUCGAAAAGAAUAAAAAAUUCACCGGUUGCUGAAUCAAAAGUACUUCUCUGCAUGUUUAACUGUAUUCUAACUGCUAUGAUUAAUUCCAAACCAUUUAUCCCAUAAUCACUCAAAUUCCAGGAACGAUCCAAUUCUACCAUUUAAAGAAGCUGGCGGACACGAUGUAAAUGAGUAUUCAUGAUCUGAAAUAAAGAAGCAACUGGUUUUCAACAUUUUACUCAACUUACGAGUACAGUCCGCCAUGCAGACACAA